AUGUGCGUUCACGGGAAUUUAAUUGUACCACUGGUUCUGUGUGCCACGGUUACGUUGGGUCUCGCGCUAUCGGUCAGUCCGUCCGAGGUGGUCAAAGCAGAGCAGCAACCAAACCGAAUCGCCAUCGUCUUCGAACGGCAAACGAUUACUACGCGGGAGGAGUUCGGUAAUGCUUCUGAGGAGCUACAACGGCCACGAACGAAACGCCGAACGAGAGACCCAGACGAAAAGAACAACAUUGAGUCAAGUAUAUCGCUCUGGGAAUGGCUGAAGGGACGCGACAAACCCGAAGAUAACUGUAUGCUGAUGGCGAUCGGUGGCGUGGCUAGUGGAGGAGCCUUAACGGGAGCAUUUGUCGGGGCAGGUAUCGGAAGCAUUUUCACUGGACCGGGUGCCAUCGUGGGAGGUAUAAUUGGAGGGCUGGUCGGUGUGUUCGGUGGCCUCAGUGUAGGUGCGAGAGCGGGCGCAGCGGCGUGUGAAAAUGUCUGA